UUGUCAUCCCAUUGCCAGCUGGACAAGUCACUCUCUGCUUUCCCCGUGACAUGUAUUUGAGUUGCAGCGGAAAGGAAAUGUGUCAUCUGUGGUUUGGUUUUAAGAGUGGAAAGCUAGCUGUACAUAUCCUCUUUAAACAACCCUGCAGAUUUAAGUUUCACAGUCUCCAAACUAUUCCACUUAAAAUAAGAAGAGAAGAACAGAGGUGGCUUAUUAAGUGAAGGCUGGGAAGAGUGCUCUGGAAGAUUUCUGUUAAAAUAAGGGAGAAAAAGAUGUCAGUUACAAACUGACGACAAGGGUGGCCACCUUUAUACAGCUCUUGAGAGCAAAGAAGCCUUUUGUUUUUCUGGGCUCUGGUUGAGAGAAGCUCUGUGCCUCUGCUAUUGGAAAGCCAUGGUCGGCCAUGGCAACAGAGGUGGAAUCAGCAGCACUCACAGAGCUGCAUCCUAGGCAAGAGUCCUCGGGCUGCUUAGUGCCAUGCUGGACAGGACAAAUGCACUUCCAUUCUCACUUGCUCUCAGGCUCCUCCAAACCUCCACCCUCCCUCUCCACCCCUCCCAAAAAAGCCACUUGUGAUAUCUUUUAAAACUUGAAACUUCCAAGGCCAUGUUUUCCUUUACUUCAAGAUGAGGCCGUGCUCCUCAGAGGGCGAGCAAUUUAGUGAGAAGGAGCCUUCAAAGAGGAAGCAUAGCACAAAAGCAGAAGCAUCGGACUCCAAGUCUAGGUCCAGGGCACUCCCUUAAAAGGAGAAUUUGUAGAGCUAUGGUGCAAGAUUAAACAUGGCCAACAGAUUUGUAAUGCUAACUUACAGCAUUACAGAAUGUACAACAAAAGUUUUCAUUUUUAUGUACAAUCUAAGAACAGGAAUGAAAAUUCAGUUAAAACACAAAACAACAAAUUCAGUUGAGAAGAAUCUAACAGCAAAAGGUAGGCAUCCUUGUGCUAUCUCAAGUGCAGCUUGUUAAACACAAUUACUCCACGUGCUAGACACUGUUCUUCCACAAACUAACAACAGAUAUUGCUGUCCCAACAGAUAGCAGUGGACCUGUGGGUAUGGAGCACACAGGACAGUACCUGCAUCUUGUUUUCCUGAUGACAACAGUGUGGGCCUCGUCUCCUGGAACAAGAGCAAACUACACACACCUGUGGGCUAGCAGUGUCACUGCCUCGGGUUCUAGUAAUCAGAACGGCCCCAGCAGACAUCUGAGUGACAACACAAACCUUGUCACUCCUGCUUUGGGUCACAAGGUGAGCGCCACAGACAAGCCUGCAUCAUCUCCCACUGUGCCUUUAGCUUCCACAUCUACACCCAAGUCCUCCACGCCCCGUGCCUUCAGAAACAGUUCUCCAACAGCAGAGAUCAAAAGUCAGGGGGAAACGUUUAAAAAGGAAGUCUGUGAGGAGAACACUAGCAACACAGCCAUGCUAAUUUGCUUAAUUGUAAUUGCAGUGCUUUUCCUUAUCUGUACCUUUCUAUUUCUAUCAACUGUGGUUCUGGCAAACAAAGUAUCAUCUCUCAAAAGGUCAAAGCAAGUAGGCAAGCGCCAGCCACGGAGCAACGGUGACUUUCUGGCAAGUAGUGGGCUCUGGACUGCUGAGUCGGACACUUGGAAACGAGCAAAGGAACUCACAGGACCCAACCUCCUGCUGCAAUCUACUGGUGUGCUUACAGCCGCCAGGGAGAGAAAGCAUGAAGAAGGAACUGAAAAACUCAACUAGGCCACAGGUUGGAAAGGGAAAUGCAAAGCAGCAAUGAGGAAGACUGAGUUAAAAAUAAAGCUGGCUGGUGGUGGUUCCCAUCCACAUUUGUUCCAAAGUCUGACACGCUCUUUGUUUAGCGUCAAACAGACCAGAAAGGGAGAUGUAUGCUUGCUCAAGUCUUAUUUCUGUUUCAUACUUCAUAUUUAUAAUAAAGUAAAUAAAACAACAGCAGCUGAAGAAACUAAUAGAAAUAAUAUGAGGUAAUUAAACAUUCCUGUUCAGCAGUGAAUGACCUCUGUCUGAAUGUACUUGAACUUGGAAGAGUUCUAUUAAGCCCUUAGAGCCAAGCAGAUGUCAAAUUCCUAAUGUGUAGAAUUCAACUGUGUAAUGCAAUGGUCCAUUCUCCCUGGAUGAGAUAGAACCCAUACCAGUUGCUAUCUUAGCACAGCUAAUAUUAGGCUACAUCUCUUUACCUUUACAUAUGGCACAAGACAAAACUGCUUUUCUAUUACACAUAACACAUUAAAACUUAAUUUUGUACAAUAAAUGAAAACAGACUUUAGAACAAA